AUGCGGACCCAAGUGUCGGCCUCACAGCAAAGAGGCCAGAAGUUGUAUCAAAAGGGGGACUUUAAGGGCGCGAUUGAGGCCUUUGGAGAGGCAUUGAGACAGCCCCUUGUGGAUAACAUUGGUAUUUGGGAUAAUCGAUCGGCUACAUACUGUAAGUUGGAGCAGUAUGACCAGGCACGACGCGAUGCAAAGCAAAUGAUCAAAACUGCCAAGGAUGACGAACGAGGAUACUUGCGAUGUGGCAAAGUCUUAAUCCUCGAAGGCAAGCCAGAGAAGGCUCUAGAGAUUUAUGCCUAUGGCUUGAAGAUGCUCCCGAGUGAGCAUCCACGACGGGGGAUGCUGGAACAACUACAUAAGAAAUUGGAGGAUCGCAUGCUCUUAAAUCGAUAUGACCCGUUCACAAUGCUACCACUGGAGAUUGCAGUAUUAGUGAUUCAGCAAUUUUCCUUCAAGCAGAUCGUGGGAAUACUACGCGUCUGCAAAGACUGGGAGCGAUUCUUUGGAUCCAUGACAAACCUGUGGAUGAAUAUCGAUCUUACUGGAGCCCGUAGCAAAGUCCCUUGGACUGCAAUCAGGUCCUACAUCCGGCGCUCUAAAGCAAUGCUUACACACGCCACUAUCAAAAAUUUAUCUGCAGCUUCAACACCGAAGACAUUGGAAUUUCUCAGCCGUUGUCCGCGCCUUGAACAUCUCGAGCUCUGGGUAUCCCACGACUGCAAAGACUUUUAUCAGAAAUUCAGAGGCAGCAAAAGACUGAAGAGCCUUGUCCUUUCAGCAGACCUGCCUGUCUCCAAUGACUAUUUUGGUAGAUUGCUAUCGGAUCUACCAAAACUUGAGCGCAUUGCAUUGUGGAAUAUAAGGAGCUCAACUAUGGAAUUCUACGAUUCCGGCCAAUGGCCCAAGAGUCUUCCAAAUUUGAAAAGCAUCACGUUGGCCUCGCGGCAAACCUUACCUCAGCCGACGGCGCAGCACAUGCCUGUGUUAACUGUGCCGGGGCUAUCGGAAAGCAGCGAACCUUCCGUUUACCCAAACUUGGAAGAAUUACGACUUGACUUUGACCCAGAAGUUCACAAAAUAUACACCUUCCCCAAUGGCCCAGAUCGUAAUCUACCCCCCCUCCGCCGACUAGAGCUCCGAGGGAAAACUAUCGAACAGGACUUUUGCACCCUUUUGCCAAACACCAUUGAAUAUCUCCAUAUCCAAGGCGGAUCAGCAAGGCGACCUACGUACCUCGACCUGCGAGAUGGGACACUCCCAAAUCUACACACGCUCAUCUUCAUAGAUACGGGAUUCAUCUCACCCCAAACACUUCCCGUCUUCAUCAACGACGCCCAGGCUCCGAUCAGAACGCUGUAUCUAAAUGAAUGUUUCUACCUCAAGAUCUACGAUCUCUUCGAUAUGAUUCAGAGCACGGAGGUACCGAACCGUGAGCUGGAGAAGAUGACGGAGCUCAGUGUUACGCAUAUGCGCGGUGUGGACGAUGUCGGGGCGCGUCGUAUUUUCACACUGCUUCUCGAGUUGAAAGUGCUCAACUUGUCCUACACGCAAAUCACGGGUGUGACUAUCCGCUUAUUUGCUGACGCACGCAGAUCUGAUUCUCUGGAGGGUGCUAAGCUCGAUCGACUGGUUGUUCGAGGCUGUGAGGGUGUCUCUUCGGAUGCUGUCGUCUACGGACGAGAGCGGGGGCUGGAGGUGAUUACUUGA